GAUCUGCCCAGCAGAGGAAGAUCUCCGGAGUCCGGCUCGUCGGUCGCUUUUGCAACGAGCCUCGUCUUCCCGGAGGAAGGGGGAGGAUCUGCGCCAGCGAGGGCUCCGUACAGCUGGGACCAGGAAGAGAAAGAUGAGGUACGUCAGCACCCGAGGAGGAGCCGGAAGUGUCAGUUUCGAAGGUGCUCUUUUAUCGGGCUAUGCAAGCGAUGGUGGUCUUUUCAUGCCUCAAGAAAUCCCGGCCUUGGACUAUGCCACACUUCGAAAAUGGAGCAGCUUCUCCUACCCAGAACUGGUGAAGCAAUUGUGCUCCAUCUUCAUUUCGCCCGAGCUUAUUCCGGAAGCGGCACUAAAUGACCUGAUUGACAGAGCCUUCAGCAGGUUCAGGCACAAAGAUAUUGUUCACCUGUCAAGACUGGAGAAGGGCUUGAACGUUUUGGAGUUGUGGCAUGGCGUAACGUACGCUUUCAAGGAUCUGUCCUUGUCCUGCACAGGGCAGUUCCUGCAAUACUUCCUGAAGAAGAAGAAGAAGCAUGUCACAAUUCUAGUGGGGACUUCAGGGGAUACUGGGAGUUCAGCCAUCGAAAGUGUCCGGGGUGAACAGAACGUGGACAUAUUUGUUCUGUUGCCACGCGGCCUCUGCAGUCAGGUGCAAGAGCGGCAGAUGACAACAGUGAUUGAAGACAACGUCCAUGUGUUUAUCACCGAAGGCAACAGUGAUGAAAUUGAUGAGCCAAUCAAAGAACUGUUUGCGGACGAGGAUUUUUCAAGAAGACACAACCUGAUGAGUCUGAAUUCGAUCAACUGGUCCAGAAUUCUGGUGCAGAUUGCUCAUUUUUUCUACGCCUACUUCCAGUGUGCUCCGUCUAUGGAUUCCGUUCCGCUGCCAGUUGUGGAGGUAGUUGUUCCAACUGGGGGAGGAGGAAAUCUCACAGCUGGGUGUCUUGCACAGAAGAUGGGGCUCCCCAUUGAUCUUGUGGCAGUGGUAAAUGACAACGACGUGGUACACAGAGCUAUCCAACGGGGCGAUCUCUCGCUGUCCAGGCCUGUGAAGUCAACACUGGCUUCAGCAAUGGAUAUUCAGGAACCUUACAACAUGGAAAGGGUCUUUUGGCUGUUCUCUGGCUCAGACAGCAACUUGGUCCGAGGUGUGAUGGAAGAAUUUUACUCCGCUAAAAAAGUCCAGCUCCCGUCCCAGUUGCAAAAGAAGCUUUCUGAAGGUCUUCAGUCUUGCUCAGUCUCUGAUGAAGAAAUUGUCCAAACCAUGAGACGCUGCUGGGAGGACAACCGCUAUCUCCUCUGUCCCCAUUCAGCCACUGCUGUUUGCUACCAUUACAAGCACUCCAGUUGCCACCCAAGCACUUCCAGAUGCUGCUUGGCUCCUGCCUCCCCUGUGAAGUUUGAAAAUGCCGUUCUUAAAGCCGAUCUCCCCCUCGACAUCUCACCUGAGAUAAGGAAGCUGAAAGACAUGGAGACCAGAUCUUGUGCCCUGAAGAGAGGAGACGACUGGGCAAAACUACUGCGGCAGCAAAUAGAAGCGGUUACGAAACAGAGAAAUCAUAUGCCAAGCUGAACAUUUGCAACGAGUCCCCUAGUUGCUCACGCCAUCGAAGCCUCCUCCUGCUAUGCAAGGCAUAGGUAUAUGAUAAGAGAGUUGAUGCUGCUUUUGCUAAGGAAUAAAGCCUAGUUGUGUCACAGUUCGUGCAGAAUCACCAACAACAACAACAUUAAUAGUAAUAAUAAAUUUAUACCCCGCCCAUCUGGCUGGGUUUCCCCAGCCACUCUGGGCGGCUCCCAAGAGAAUAUUAAAAGCACAAUAAAGCAUCAAACAUUAAAAACUUUCCUAAACAGGGCUGCCUUCAGAUGUCUUCUAAAAGUCAGAUAGUUGUUUAUUUCCUUGACAUGGGUGUUCCACAGGGUGGGUGCCACUACCAAGAAGGCCCUAUGCCUGGUUCCCUACAACCUCACUUCUCGCAGUGAGGGAACCACCAGAAGGCCCUCGGAGCUGGACCUCAGUGUCCGAGCUGAACGAUGGGGGUGGAGACGCUCCUUUGGGUAUACUGGGCCUAUUACCUGCUAAAACUGAUGAGCAAUCGUCGUUGGCACCCGUCUGCCUCGAGAGACAAUGGAGUGCGCUUCUGGGGGUGAAGUCAAACUAUUGCUGCAGAAUCACAGUGCCUUGCCUGCUGUGGUUGCGGAAACUGGUAGCUUGUAACUAUUGUCUCCCAUAUUGUUUCUGCUGCAUUAGCAGCACAGAAGUGAUCUCCCCAGGGCGCAUGCCUGGGCAAUGUGUCUGGAGGACCUGAGCUGCCCGGAUAACAAGACCGCUCUCUUGGCCUCGCUGAUGGGGUCCAAAGGAAAGCAGAGCAGGACGUUUGGCACCAGCUUGGCUGCAAAAGUUGACGGAAGGAGGCGUACAAGGCCCCAUCCAACCGCCAUAGGGACUCCACUCCUGAGGUAGAUCAGACUAAGAGAGUGUGACGAGCCCAGGGUCACAUAGUGAGCUUUGUGUCAGCCAUUGGGAUAAAAACUGAUGGUUUCUCUUCUGCACAGACUGGUACAGUUUCAGAACCAGCAGCCAAACCUUUAAAAGCAUAAGGGUAGCAUAGAUGUCUAUAAAGGGAAGCAUAAGGUCGGCAGUUCGAAUCCCUGUGACGGGGUGAGCUCCCAUUGCUUGGUCCCAGCUCCUGCCAACCUAGCAGUUCGAAAGCACGUCAAAAUGCAAGUAGAUAAAUAGGAACCGCUACAGUGGGAAGGUAAACGGCGUUUCCAUGUGCUGCUCUGGUUUGCCAGAAGCGGCGUUGUCAUGCUGGCCACAUGACCUAGAAGCUAUACGCCGUCUCCCUCGGCCAAUAAUGCGAGAUGAGCGCGCAACCCCAGAGUCGGUCACGACUGGACCUAAUGGUCAGGGGUCCCUUUACCUUUACCUUAGCAUAGAUGUUAUGGUGGCAUACUGCCACAAGGGGGCAGAGCAACCUAAGCUUUGAUUUGUUUAAAAGCUCUUCUGAUCUUCACUGAAAUGAUUCAAUAACACUCACUUCCUUGGGUCUGAAUUAUAAGCAAUGAGCCAAGUCUCUGCAAUUCCUUCUGCUUCUUGCAUGGUUGGCAAGGAAUUUGGUUCAGCAAGGAAUUUGGUUCAGUUUAACUUCACAUUUUAAUACUAGCCAACCUAAUUUGCAGUUCGCAGAACAAUAUGUAUAUGAAUUCAAAUGCUGCCCUCCCUUGACAUUUGCACUUCUUCAGAUUUUGUGGCACAGUUCUAGUAAAAUAAAAUACAAAAAUGAAUGUAUUGGGUGGAAGGGUACAUGAAAAUACACACUUUGAAGAAAAUAACAGUAUAAAAAUAAUCCAUCGGGUUGGUGAAAAUUGCGAAAUAUAGAAAUUAGCAAAAUUGCAUACAAAAAUGUGUCUAUCAGGAGAAAUGCACAUUGCAUGCUGGCAGGUUUCACGAGGAUGUAAAAAUAUAAUACAGUAAUCACAAAUGGAUGCUGAAAUGUGGUGAACUGACAUUAUUAUUGCUACUGCUGCUGCUAUCAUCAUCAUCAUCAUUAUUAUUAUUAAUGCCAUCCAUCUGACUGGGUUACCCCAGCCGCUGGGUGACUUCCAACAAUGUCUUCUAAAAGUCAGAUAGCUGUUUUAUUUCCUUGACAUCUGAUGGGACAGCGUUCCACAGGGCAGGUGCCACUACUGAAAAGGCCCUCUGUCUGGUUCUCUGUAACUUCACUUCUUGCAGUAAGGGAACGACCGGGAGGCCCUCGGAGCUGGACCCCAGUUUCUGGGCUGGACGAUGGGGGUGGAGACGCUCCUUCAGAUCUACAGGGCCGAGGCCAUUUAGGGCUGCACCAACAGUUUGAAUUGUGCUCGGAAACGUACUGGGAGCCAGUCCUUUAGGGCCGGUGUUAUAUGGUCCUGGCAGCCACUCCUAGUCACCAGUUUGUCGGUCACAUCGAGUGAAACAGACAGUGUGUGCUGGUGCAGAAAGACAAAAUAACUCAAAACUUUUCUUGUGGAGGGGGUGAGCUUUGGGCAGAGGAGAGCAAUGCUAUAGAGCGGGGGUGGUCAGCUCCCCAAAGAUUGCAAUCUACUCACAGAAUUAAAAACUGACAGUGUUUUGGGAGGGUUCUGGUUAAAGUUGUUGAACUUUUUUUAGGAAGAAAAGCCCCGGUUUUUCUGCAGUUCAGGUCAAAGUUGAGCUUUUUUUUUAGGGAAGAAAAAAGCCCUGAUUUUUGAGAAUUCAAUCCUAACAUCAUGGGAGAAAGGGGAACAGCCGCUCACCAACAGAUCGCUGGCAAAACAGCCUCACUGAGUAAACUCCAUCUUCCGUUCUGCAGAUCAUGCAACAAUGGAGGGCGGAGCGACGGGGUGGGGCAGGAUUCUAUUUUACCGACACUAAGGAAAGGGACCCAGCGAUCGACCAGUAGAUCGUGAUCGACCUGUUGGACAUCCCUGUUAUAGAGGUUGAUGAGAUUGCCUGGCAGAGAUGGGGUGGUGGUGAGGCGUCUUGUUCUCCUGACCCCCCGCCAUAUUGGAUGGGUGUUUGUGGACCUUCCUCCCAUUUCCCCUGCCAAUGUGAUCGUGGUGGAGAAUAGAGGUGGAACUCGGGAAAAUUAGAAUAUCGUUGAAAAGUGCAUUUAUUUCAGUAAUGCAACUUGAAAGGUGAAACCAAUCUAUGAGAGAGAUGCAUGACAUGCAAAGCAAGCUAUGUCAAGCCUUUAUUUGUUGUAAUUGUAAUUGUUUGUCGUUAGGUGGGUCAAUUAUAAAUGGAAUGUAAUUAAUGAAAUGUAAUAGCGAUGUUUAUUUUUGCAUUAUUGUAACUAUUUGUUUUAUUACUGUGGAAUUUCCAAAAGAGAGCAUUUGUAAAAAUUAAAAGAAAAAUAAAUAAAAACGUUUCUGAGCACAGUUCAAAGAGUUGGUGCUGACCUUUAAAGCCCUAAAUGGCCUCGGUCCAGUAUACCUGAAGGAGCGUCUCCACCCCCAUUGUUCUGCCCAGACAAUGAGGUCCAGUACCGAGGGCCUUCUGACGGUUCCCUCGUUGUGAGAAGCCAAGUUGCAGGGAACCAGGCAGAGGGCCUUCUCGGUGGUGGUGCCUGCCCUGUGGAACGCCCUCCCAUCAGAUGUCAAAGAGAAAAACAGCUAGCAGAUUUUUAGAAGACAUCUGAAGGCAGCCCUGUUUAGGGAGGCUUUUAAUGUUUAAUUAUUUUAUUUCAUUUUUCUGUUGGAAGCCGCCCAGAGUGGCUGGGGAAACCCAGUCAGAUGGGCAUGGUAUUAUUAUUAUUAUUAUUAUUAUUAUUAUUAUUAUUAUUAUUAUAUAAUAAGUUGCAUUACUGAAAUAAAUGCACUUUUCAACGAUAUUCUAAUUUUCCGAGUUUCACCUGUAAAUAUGGGUGCUCCAGAGCAGGCAUAGUUUGGGGGUGUACUGGAGGAACAGGAGGACUCUGAAUCCUGCAGAUCCAAGAUCUUCUCUGAUCCACUCCCAGCAUGCCCCAUUCAGGCCUCUACUGGUGUCAGAACACCAAUGGCAAAGGAGUUGUGGCAGCAGGAAAGCUUUCCGCAGAAACAAUAAAUGGAACUUGGGUCACCCUCAGUGUCCGGCCAAAUUUCACAGCAUGAGAGGUGCCCGCCAAGACUGUUGUGGGUUUCUGAACGCCCCUUAGAUUAUUGCCAUCCCUCUUGAAAUAUGAAGGGUCUCUGUUUAAGGAGAUUGGCAUGUAUCGGACACUGCGUAAUAUGUGCAAAUUAGUUCCACUAAGAAAGUAUUGCAUUUAGCAUUAAAUCUUUAGAUAGUUCCUUAUUAUGUAAUUACGUAAAGCUUUCUUUAAAUGCUCUUCAGCCAACAGCUGGAUUGUGUUUAGGCACACCACUUAGAAAUGCAAAUAAUUCAUUUAACACUUUAAAUGAAUAAAUAUAUAAAUGCCUUAAACGAAAGCUCCCGAAGCAGUUCUUGCCCUCCAGUUUACCAUCUCAAAGACCCAACAGGAAGGGAAGAGGGACUGAGAGGGAGGAGGUUUCUUAGUUAUGGAACUCUUCUAAUGGCCAGGUGGGAAGAUUUCAAGGAGAGGAGAAGUCAAAAUGUUGCUGGUCUUUCAGCAGAGCAGAGACUUUGCAGGCCCAUCCAUCUCACUCCCCUAUAGCUUGAGAUGAUAGAAAAGUCCUGUAGUGAUUGAUCAAUGAUGGCUCCUUCAACAUUCAGACCGGCACUUCCUGAUACACUCAUCAACUGAUCGGCAAGUGUGUUUGAACGGAGCUAUUACAUUUGUGUUUUUCGAUGACAGCUGUGUCCCUAAGGUUCUCUUAAGUGCGAUGAGUCCCAUUCAUGGCUUUCCAUCUGAUUUUGUCCAAGGCAAUGACUCAAUAGUUGAACUGGAGUUGGCUUUGCUUUUGAAUUUUGGUUGAUGUAAUGUUUAUCUUUCUUUCUUUGAAUCUUAUUUGGGGAGAAAAGAAAAGAAAAGAAAAGUUUGACUUCACGCC